CCAGCCAACAUUCCUGCUGCCGCCGCUCCCUCCCCUCCUGCACCUGAGCCUGUCUCUUCCUGCGUUUCCAACAUCACCGACAGCCACGUCUUCUCCCUCCCGGGGGACGCUGACCGCAUCCCUCUCCACAUUUUCCUGGGACAAGCCAAGGAAGCCAACCUGGUCUCCAGCCUGCUAAUUAGCUUUCCCAGGUGUGUGAUCGGAUGUCACCUUGCCACCUGCCUAUUUCCCUCUACCCUGUUUUCAAGAGCUGGAAAAACAGGAAACAAAGUCCCAACCCAGAGAAGCCGCUGAGACAGGCUGGGCUCCCCUGUGACCUGUGGCCCGCGUCGGUCUCACUCUCUCCCUGUGGACCUGGCAGGGCCGGCCUCUUGGGGACAGAUCUGCUGGAGGCCUCUGGACACAGUGACCUCACUUUGAACUUCAUGUGCACCACUGGCUUCAGCCCUCUCCUUACUGCUGUCUCCUCUUUGGUUUGCAUUUUGUUUUCAAUGUCCCUGAACUUAUAAAAGUUCUCUGUGUGGGUGGGGUGUACCCGGCAACAGGAUGGGGAGGGCCGAGGCAGCAGACAUGCAGCUGGGCUCUGGUGUGUCUGGGUGGCCGGGAGGGGAGGCUCACACACACUAGUCAGUUUCCCCAUCCCCUCAGUCUUUGCCUCCAUCUGCCCUGAGAGCUUCAACUUCGAAGUAGCCCUGGAGACAGGGCCUGGGGGAGGCCGCCACCUUCACAGGUGUGACACACAGCCCUCUGGCCCCCAGAUAUUCCUGUGUUCGACUUCUCAAAGAUCCUCAUCGCCUUCAUGCCUCCAUGAGCUACACCCUAGCAGUGCAUGGGGGACACCAGAGACCAUCCGGUCGAGUCCCUGUUGCAGGAGACUCCUCGGGGUGAAGGCGGUGCUUCUAGAAGAUCCCGUUUGGAUCCACCUUGGAUGGCUGGGAAGAUGAACAGUGAGAACCCAUCUGUGCCACUGAACCCAUUAGCUGAGUUUAACCAGAUCAGCUCCUGGUUCAGUAGCAGAGGGCCUGGCCCUGGGGGAUGCGUGGGGUAUGUGUGGGGUGGGCCCUCCUGGGGAAGCCCAGGGUCCAGCAUGACAGUGGGGGUGGAGAGAAAGACCCUUGGAGAGGCUCCGGAGUGGGGGGCCUCCAGCUUCAGGAGGGCACCCAGGGUUAGGCUUGCCAGCUGCCUCAGCCUGCGUGGGGAAAGAUGCCUGCUCACGGAAGCCCCUUUGGGCCUUUUACUCUAUUCAGACAGAGUUCCAAGGGACGCCCCUCAUCUCCAUCCCCACCAAGUGCCCCAUUUCUCCAGGAGAGCUGCUGCCCCUGGUGCCCCCUCUGCGGUUCAGCCCAUCCGUGACACCCCCGUACCUGCGCUCCCCGUCGCUCUGCCGCUGCCCCGAGCUGCCUUCCCCUGCCUGCUCCGGCUGGGCUGGGCUGGGCUGGGCUGGGCUGGUAGGACCUGCUCCUGGGCAGGAGGGGCACGCCUACCUCCUCAGGUCACGGCACAUCCCUCCCAGCUCCUUGCACUCACACACUCAGGCCACGGAGGGAGUGAAGAGCAAUUAUCGAUCUCAGAGGACUUCAGGGACUGGCCAGAGAAGAAACUCCCGCAGCUAAUGACUUCAUCCAGCCGAGUCAAACAAGAGGCUGAAGCCCAAAGGGGAAGUGACUUACCCUGGGCUACCUGGUCUGCUAUGGCCUGGGAAGGCAGAAGAAGAUGGCCCAAGUCCUUGGGUCCCUGCACCCAUGUGGGAGACCCGGAAGAAGCUCCUGGCUCCUGGCUUCGGAUUGGCACAGCUCUGGCCAUUGUGGCUAUCUGGGGAGUGAACCAUCAGAUGGAAGACCUCUCUUUCUCUCUCUGCCUCUCUGUAAUUCUGCCUUUCAAAUAAAUAAAUAAAUCUUUAAAAAAAUACAAAUGCUUAAGACUGCCAUUCAGGAUUUCCACAUUAUAUCCUUGACUGUCUCUGACUAUCUCCUGCUGCUCUGCUUCAGGUGAAAUGGACCAAGCACCCAGCAAGCUCUCCCCGUGACCUCUGAACUUCUCAGCUGUUUUAAAUACAACCCUUGCCGCCACCUACCACACUCCCCUACAAUACCACUGUACCCAGAGUACCCCCGACCCCUCUACCUGAGCGGCCCCUUAAUAAGGGCAUAAAUAGUGUGCUCACCCCAUCCUAGCCCCUCCCAAAACUUCUGCCCCUGUUGGCCCGUGCCAUGUCCUCUGCCAAGAACCUCCUGCCAGGCCUCUUCUUUUGCCUGGUUAACUUCUUUAACCUACAGGUCUCAGCUCCUCUAAGAAGCAGUCUCCCACCCUCAAAACAUGGGAAGCUGCCCCCCACUUCACCUGUUAUCUUUGAUAUUUUGUCAAGAGUUUAUUUAUUUAUUUGAAAGGCAGAGAGAGAGAGAGAGAGAGAGAGAGAGAGAGAACGCUUGGAACCACUGUUCACGCCUGGCUGAAGCCAGGAGCCCAGAACUCCAUCUGGUCUCCCGUGUACUUGUCAUCCGCUGCUGCCUCUCAGCAGGAAGUCAGAAGCAGAGGAGUUGGGACGUGAACCAGGCUCUCUGAUACAGCAGCUUAAUCGCUCUGCUCAAUGUGUGUGUCUCUGCACUUUGUGCUCAUCUCUUUUGCAGAACUGAUCCUACCACACUGUCCUGCCUGUUUCGUCUUCUCCACUUCUAGGUCCCAGGACGACAGAAGGAUUGGGCUCACGGUAUGUAGUACCAGCAUCUCAAAUACCUGCUCGAGACUAGAGCCCACUCAAUUUGUUGAAGAAACCGGGGAAUGCUGACCACGGUAGCCGCCACAUUCCAUUUUUAAGCUGCAUUCUUUGGAAUAGACUUGUUGGGUGUUAGGGACACAAUGAGACUGCGGUCCCUUGACGGAUGCCCUGGGAUGGUUUCUGUGAAUGCUCUGGGCAAAGGGGAGCCGUGUCUAAGACAAGUUAGGUCCUGGAGGUGCAGACAGGAUCAAGAGGUGGCUCAAAGCCUAACAACUCAGGGAGCUAAAGAACGAAUCCAGACUGGACUGCUGGAUCCCAGACUACGUUUUGGAACUUCCUGCUUUAAGGUUGGCUGGAGAGACCCUUCAAAGAAGGGUGUUCCACUUGGGCAGAAUCUCUCUAACCAAGCCUCACGCCUUCUGUUCACCUCCACUCUUAUGGCUGGCCUAGAGAUCUGCGCCAGGCCUGCCAGGCCCCUAGGGUACCCAGUGGCCUGUACCCAUCAGAUAGCGUGGCAGGCAUACCG